AUGGCUCAAGGUGAGGCUUGCCCCAUUUUGGACCUUGAAGUUUCUCCCGUGGAGUCGUCCCGGCCGCAGCCAGAGGGGCUCGGGAAGGGGCGCCACCACGGCCAUAACGGGCACAGCGGCGACGACGGGCACCAACACCAUCACUCUGACGGCUACAACGGGUACAGCUUCUACGUCUUCGGCGACUCCUUCGCCGACAACGGCAACCUCGUCAAGAUGACCCCAUUAUCCGAGCUCAAUCGCCAGUGGCGCCCUCCAUACAGGGCCAACGGCCGCUUCUCCAACAGCUUGGUUGAGUCCGACUUCAUCGCCUCCAUGUUAGGGCAGAUGAAAUCCCCUCCGGCGCACAGCCUCGCGCGCAAGGUCGGUCCGGCCGGCUUGAACUUCGCCGCCGGCGGCUCCGGCGUGUAUGACGUGCCGCACACCCACACGCUCGCCAGGCAGAUCCACACCUUCCACAAGCUCGUCAAGGACGGAGACAUCGACCAAGAGCUCCUCGCGUCGAAAUCCGUCGCGCUGGUCGCCGUCUCCGGCAACGACUACGCCCGCCUCCCCUCCGACACCAAAAGCUUCGCGGAGGUGGAGGAUUUCGCCAAGAAUGUGGCGUCGGAGAUCGCGGCGAACGUGCGGCGCCUAAAGGACAUCGGCGUGCAGAAGGUGCUCGUCAACAACCUCUUCCCUUUCGGGUGCGCCCCGUCGGAGACCAGGGCGUACAACCACACCCGCUGCAACGAGCGGCGCAACCUGGCCGCCAUGCUCCACAACCACCACCUUGCCAACAAGCUGGCCGACAUGGAGGACGUGCUGGUGGUCGACCUGAACGCUGCCUUCAGCACGGUCCUCCGGGACGACGGGAGCGGUGACACCGCCAAUCUAUUCAGGGAGAAGCUGGUGCCGUGUUGCGAGAGCACGGACCCCAAGGGGUACUGCGGGCAGGUAGACCCGGAGACGUUGGAUCCGCUCUACGACGUGUGCGACGAACCCCACGUGUUCUUCUUUUGGGACGAGAUGAACCCGACCAUGGUCGGGUGGCAGGCCGUCAUGGGCCCGCUCGACUUCCCCAUCAGAAAGUUCCUAGGCCUCGUUAAGUAG